ACACACACACGUAUGGAUCCUCUGAUGCUCCUGUUUCUUCUCAUUGCUGGGCUCACAGAUGCUGACAAUGUCUCCACGGUGAACUGGGUGUCUGCAUGGAGAGGAGAAUCUGUCACCAUCCCAUGUUUCUAUAGUGACAGAUAUAAAACUCAUGUGAAAUACUGGUGCAGAGGACAUUAUAGGGAUUCAUGUCCUCCCAUAGUACACAGUGACUCUCCACAGGAGGGUAAAGUGUCAAUCAGAGAUGAUCCUGACCAGCAAGUCUUCACUGUGACCAUCAACAAUCUGACAGCUGGGGACUCUGGUUACUACUCCUGUGGUGUGAAGAUCAGUGAAGGUUCAGAUGUUGGAGAUCGGGUUUCCCUGUCAGUCACUGAUGGUGUGUCCACAGUGAAAUGGGUGCCUGUACAGAGAGGAGGAUCUGUCACCAUCCCAUGUUUCUAUGGUGACAGAUAUAAAACUCAUGUGAAAUACUGGUGCAGAGGGUAUUAUAGGUUUUCAUGUACUUCCAUAGUACACAGUGAUUCUCCACAGGAGGGUAAUGUGUCAGUCAGAGAUGAUCCUAACCAGCAAGUCUUCACUGUGACCAUCAACAGUCUGACAGCUGGGGACUCUGGUUAUUACUCCUGUGGUGUGAAGAUCAGUGGAGGUUCAGAUGUUGGAGAUCAGGUUUACCUGUCAGUCAUUGAUGGUUCCCCAGAGCUGUCAGUGGACAAACAGGAGGUGACGGGUGUGGAAGGAGACAGUGUCAGUGUUCAGUGUCACUAUACAUAUGAUUAUGAUCAGAGGGUGUGGUGUAAGAUCGGGGGCUCCUGUGUAUCAGAGGGAUCUGUGAGUUUGGAUGGGAGGCCUGUCCUGAUCAGGGAUGACAGAGUAAAUAAAGUCUUCAGUGUGACAAUGAGGGGACUGGAGAUGAAGGACACUGGCUGGUACUGGU